UCAGGAUGCAUAAUCAUUGGGCAGUUUUGCUGUCGAGAAGUGACAGGAUUUGUUAGGGGUUCUAGAGACCAGUGAGAUUUGGAGAGCUUUCGGGACAUGUUCUAUUCUGGAGGUUCUAUUCUCAUGAUUUUUUCUGCACAUAGUUUGUAUGCCGCACAACAGGACUAAACAUCUGCAUUGUAUCCAGUUACACCUGUUUUGUGCGAGCUCGGGUUCUAACCAAACAGGAGUGCUCUCGGAAGAAUUCGCAAAUCUGCUGUUGAAAGACAGUCUUUGAAAACAGACAUUUGGACGCUAUCAAUUCAACUUUCUUAUAAAACUCACUUCUCUGAAAUACAAUUCAGUUGGUUUCAUUCAAAGGAGUCUGCUGUCUUUCUGAGCUCGAGGUGGGAGGCCAUGUCUGAGUACCUGCAGGCCUGCUUGGUCUGACUCUAGACUUUUUGCCUGCUCCAGGGUUGCGAGAGAGAGAAGAUAAACACCCCUGACCGGCUCUGGAGGAGCAGAAAAGAGGAGGCUUAUAUCCCACCUUUGUUCUCCCUAAGAUGUCUCUCCACGGACCCACUCCCGACUCGCCCCAAUCUGUUUAGUAACUCCACACCGUCUACAUUCCCCAACAGCCGGGAGAGAGAAUACCCCACAAGGAAGUGGAUAUAUAGAGAGAGAGGUGUCACAGCUGUAGACUGCAGCAGCACCAGCAGAGAGAGAGAAAGCUAAUUAGUAUUACUGAGAUGGUGUCAGAGCUGAGAGACAUGAGAAGUGACUUCUGAAGAGAGUUCUGUUCUCUGAAGGAUAUUGCGGCUGACCUACAGGACAUUUGUUUGUGGUUUUUUUAAAUUCAUUUUUCGAAGGGACUCAAUUUAGUUGGAUGCAGGUUUAGCUUAGCCUUCCGUCAUGAAUCUUCUGGGAAGCUGUAUGAAGAGGGGGCAGAUUGGCUGCCACAGAGGUGGUCUGGCUGGGCCCUGUCAGGUCCUGCUCCUGGCCUGCUGUAUCCUGGUAGUCCUGGGGGCCAAGCCAAAGACACCUGGCCACAAACACCUCAACUCCAUCCGCAUAGAUGGGGAUAUCUCUCUUGGUGGCCUCUUCCCGGUACACGCCAGAGGCAACGAUGGUAAAGCCUGUGGGGAGCUGAAGAAGGAGAAGGGGAUCCACAGACUGGAGGCCAUGCUGUUUGCACUGGACCGCAUCAACAACGACCAUGAGCUGCUGCCCAACAUCACUCUGGGUGCCAGGAUCCUGGAUACCUGUUCCCGGGACACCCACGCCCUGGAGCAGUCACUCACCUUCGUCCAGGCUCUCAUCGAGAAGGACGGGACGGACAUCAAGUGCCUGAGCGGCGGGCCGCCCAUCAUCACCAAGCCUGAGAGGGUGGUGGGUGUCAUCGGGGCCUCCGCCAGCUCUGUGUCAAUCAUGGUUGCCAAUAUCCUGCGGCUCUUCAGGAUCCCCCAGGUGAGCUAUGCCUCCACGGCUCCGGAGCUGAGUGAUAACACGCGCUACGACUUCUUCUCCCGAGUCGUGCCCCCGGACACCUACCAGGCACAGGCCAUGGUGGACAUAGUUAAAGCAAUGCGCUGGAAUUAUGUCUCCACAGUAGCAUCAGAGGGUAACUAUGGAGAAAGCGGUGUGGAUGCCUUCAUACAGAAGUCCCGCGAAGAGGGAGGUGUGUGCAUCUCUCAGUCAGUGAAGAUACCACGAGAACCUAAGCCUGGAGAGUUUGACAAGAUCAUCCACAGACUGUCAGAGAACCCCAAUGCACGGGUUGUUAUUCUCUUUGCCAAUGAAGAUGACAUUAGGCGGCUUCUUCAAGCAGCUAAGAAGGACAACCAGACAGGACAUUUCAUAUGGGUGGGUUCAGACAGCUGGGGGUCUAAGAUCUCCCCCAUACUCAACCAGGAGGAGAUGGCAGAAGGUGCUGUUACCAUCCUACCUAAACGGCAGUCCAUCAGAGGGUUUGAUCGCUACUUUAUCAGCAGAACUUUGGACAACAACAGAAGGAAUAUUUGGUUUGCAGAGUUCUGGGAAAACAACUUUCAGUGCAAACUCAGUCGACACGCUCUGAAGAAAGGAUCCGGCAUCAAAAAGUGCACAAACCACGAGCGGAUCAGGAAGGACUCGUCCUAUGAGCAGGAGGGAAAGGUCCAAUUUGUGGUCGACGCAGUCUACGCCAUGGCUCAUGCCCUGCACAACAUGCACAAGGAGCUCUGUCCAGGCAAAGUGGGCCUCUGCUCCAGAAUGGAAACCAUCAAUGGAACCAUGUUGCUCAAGUUCAUUCGCAAAGUCAACUUUACAGGAAUUGCUGGCACUCCAGUGAUCUUCAAUGUGAACGGAGAUGCCCCUGGUCGCUAUGAGAUUUACCAGUACCAGAUGAAACACAACACCACAGAGUAUAAGAUCAUCGGCCACUGGGCAGACCAGCUCCAUUUAGAUACUAAGGAGAUGUGGUGGCCUGGUGGGACACUCCAGGUACCCCAGUCUAUCUGCAGCCAGCCAUGUUGUCCUGGGGAGAGGAAGAAAACAGUCAAAGGUGUCCCCUGCUGUUGGCACUGUGAGCGCUGUGAUGGCUACCAGUACCAGGCCGACACCUACAGCUGUAAGAUGUGCCGCUUUGACCUGCGGCCCAAUGAGAACCACACGGCCUGUGAAGCCAUCCCCAUCGUCAAGCUGGAGUGGAGUUCCCCUUGGGCUGUCAUCCCUGUACUCAUUGCUGUGCUGGGCAUCAUGGCCACCAUGUUUGUGGUGGGCACCUUCAUCCGCUACAACGACACGCCCAUCGUGAAGGCGUCAGGGCGCGAACUCAGCUAUGUGCUGCUGACGGGCAUCUUCCUGUGCUACGCCACCACCUUCCUCAUGAUCGCUGCCCCUGACAUUGGCAUCUGCUCCCUGCGACGGAUCUUCCUUGGUCUGGGGAUGAGUAUUAGCUAUGCAGCGCUGCUCACUAAGACCAACCGUAUCUAUCGCAUCUUUGAGCAGGGGAAGAUGUCAGUGAGCACCCCAAGGUUCAUCUCCCCGGCCUCCCAGCUGGUCAUCACCUUCAGCCUGAUCUCAGUUCAGCUCCUGGGGGUGUGUAUCUGGUUUGGUGUGGACCCGUCUCAGGCUAUCAUCGACUAUGAGGACCAACGCACGUCCAACCCGGACAUGGCCCGUGGCGUGCUCAAAUGUGACAUCUCAGACCUUUCUCUGAUCUGCCUGCUUGGCUUCAGCAUGCUGCUCAUGGUCACCUGUACGGUGUAUGCCAUCAAGACCCGGGGGGUGCCAGAGACCUUCAACGAGGCCAAGCCCAUCGGCUUCACCAUGUACACCACCUGUAUCGUGUGGCUAGCCUUCAUACCCAUCUUCUUUGGGACCUCGCAGUCAACUGAAAAGAUGUACAUCCAGACCACGACUUUGACCAUCUCUGUGAGCCUGAGUGCCUCUGUGUCUCUGGGAAUGCUCUACAUGCCAAAGGUCUACGUGGUCCUUUUCCACCCGGAGCAGAACGUGCCCAAUCGCAAGCGCAGCCUCAAGGCUGUCGUCACCGCAGCCACCAUGUCCAACAAGUUCCCCACCAAGGGUGGCCUCCGUCCCAACGGAGAGGCCAAGUCUGAGCUCUGUGAAAGCCUGGAGACACAAGCAUUGGCCUCCAAGCAGACAUACAUCAGCUACAGUAACCAUGCCAUCUAAGAGACAGGCAGUGGAACUCCGGCUUGGAAGAAUAGCAAGGACCUGCCCGUGGGGUGAACAAACACCAAAAACUGGAGCACCAAGAUGCAAGAGCAGUGGCAAAGGUGGAGAAAUGAGAAUGAGAAUAAUCACUCAACAUACAGAACUGAUGUCACUAUUUUCAAGAGGACAAGGCAAGGCAAAUAUAUUGAAUGCCAAACAAAAGCAGUGGGGGGUGGGGAAGUGGGGAUGUCAGGUAGACAGUGAUGUCUCCCCUCCCCAUCCUCCUUGUGACAUGUCAGAUACACCAGGCAAUUACAUUUCCAAAUUCAGUCAGAGCCAAUGACUUCAAUUCAGUGUUUUCCUUCUGGAGUUUAUAUAACAGCAUUUCUCUUCUGGUGUUUUGUCUGAAGCUUACGAACACCCUCUUCGGUAAGAGUGAAUUGAGUUUUCUCUUUGUGUGCAGCAGUGUUGUGUCUCUCUCUACCAGUAGUAAUGUGCAAUUAUUUGCCUCCCUUUCUACUCUGUCCUUUCCAAUACGGGUGAAAUGCUGAACAUAAUAUCAAAUUAGUCAAAGCUGUCAAAAGUAGAUGAAAAAGUGUGUUGUUGGUGUGGGGUAAGUCUUCAUUCAAGGCCAAAAUAAACUAAUAUUAAUCCUCAGGCUCUGUAACAUUAACAUUAUGUUGUCAUCGUUUUAAUGAAGGUCAUAGUUGUGAAAAAGAGCCAACAAGUAUGCACCUUUCCAACUUUUAACAUGUAUGAAUAUUCAGUGUUACAGCAGGGGUCCAAUAAGUGUUUUCUUAACAUUUUGUACAUCAAAUAAAGCGAUGGAUUUUCACAGAUGAUAGCAAUAUCAUAGCUGACACCAUCUUUACGGGCUUAUAUACAGUCAUAGAGCAUGCCUGUGGGAGCAUAAUGUGUACUGUGCUGUGUUUUCAAAAUCUAUUAAAUCCAACAUGUGUGAGGAUUGUGGUUCAACAGACACAGUGGCAUUAUCAUGUUUUGACUAUUACACACACGGUACCUUAUGCAGAUUAAUGCAGAUUAGAAUACAUGAAAUGGCAUAAGAACUGGCUAAAAAGUCAAAGUAUUGUAUGUUCAACACCGCCUACUUUUUCAGUGAAAUACAGCUUCAAGACUACAGCCCAUAGACAGCCAUGCACUGCCUCAGUGUAUUCAUGCUGGCAUUCUCACAUGUGAGAAUAUCAUUUCAUGGUCUUGUUCCAUUAAAAAUUCAGCAGUUCCAUCUCAAUGUGACGGAUUUGGAAUCUGUACCAGAUAUGUCUAACAUAUAGCUAGCUAUUGGCGAUAGGUUAAGUAAUGGUACAAAACACUCUUUGGAGCAUCAGCAGUGUACUCUGUCUAGUGUGCACCAUCCUUGGUUACGUUAUUGACUCAUUUGCCAUGCACCUGUGAUUUCUGUAAUAGUGCUUGUUCCCUUAAUGUUGUUCAGAGAAAGGAAGUCCCUCCACAUCCACAUGAGGGAAUUGGGUUUAAAAUCCCCUAAGGAUGAUAUACAUGCCUGUGCGGAAAUCUAAUUAGCAUAAUACAAAAAUCCCCAUAAGAAUCUGUCAGUUUAAGCUAGAGAUAUCUGUUUGUUUGCAUUGGAUGCAUCUCAAUCCACCGCACCCAGCAAUGUAACACUUCUGCAUCUGCGUUGAAAGGUGACAGAGUUAGAGAGGUGUUUGACAGACCAUGAGACAUCCCGAAAUAACAAUUUGGACGUGACAAUUAUUGGUCUUUUCACAAAACCGUCUGAACGGUUUGGCCUAAAAGCUAUUAUGACCCCUCUAUGCAAAGAUGAGACUCUCACGAACAGGAGGAUGUUGUUUCCUGUUUUUUCAAAUAACACGAACAUGUCAGUGGUUUUGCUCUAAGACCCCUACAAGCGACCCCCUGUAUCGUCUGAAGUCCGUAUGACCGAUCUACCAACAUCUGUCUGUAGAGUCCGAACAGUUUGGGCUAUGUACUAAUAACCUGUGUAAAGGUGAGACUCUGACAAACACGUAAAUGUUGGUUUGUUGCUCUUGGAUGCGCACAGACCUCACAAGACUCGUCUGAAGGUCCUCCGGUACCAGAUGAAAAAUUGAAUGGAAGUAUAUACACUGCAUUCGGAAAGUAUUCAGGACCCUUGACCUUUUUCCUGAUCAACCCACACAGAAUACCCAAUAAUGACAAAGUGAAAACAGGUUUUUAGAAAUGUUUGCAAAUGUAUAAAAAAAAUAAAAACAGAAUUACAUUUUUACACAAGAAUUGAGACCCUUUGCUAUUAGACUAACAUCCCGUUUCCAUUGAUCAUCCUCAAUGUUUCUACAACUUGAUUGGAAUCCACCUGUGGUAAAUUCAAUUGAUUGAACAUGAUUUGGAAAGGUACACACCUGUCUAUAUAAGGUCCCACAGUUGACAGUGUAGGUCAAAGCAAAAACCAAGCCAUGAGGUCGAAGGAAUUGUCCGAGCUCCGAGACAGGAUUGUGUUGAGGCACAAAUCUGGGGAGGGGUACCUAAACAUUUCAGCAGCAUUGAAGCUCCCCAAGAACACAACGGCCUCCAUCAUUGUUAAAUGAUGGAGUCCCUUCCUAGAGUUGGCCAACUGGCCAAACUGAGCAAUCGGGGGAGAAGGACCUUGGUCGGGGAGGUGACCAAGAACCAGAUGGUACUCUGAAAGAGCUCCAGAGUUCCUCUGUGGAGAUGGGAAAACCUUCCAGAAGGACAUCUCUGCAGCACUCCACCAAACACCUGCCUCUGAUUGAGAACCAAUCCAGGCAACGAUAGACUUACCUAGACACCUAAAAGAACACAACCCCAUAAAUCUACAAAAACCCCUAGACAAGACAAAACACAUAAAUCACCCAUAUCACACCCCCGCCUAACCAAAAUAAUAAAGAAAACAAAGAUAACUAAGGCCAGGGUGUGACAUAAAUACAGGUGUUCCAAGAUUGUAGCGUCAUACCCAAGAAGACUUGAAGCUGUAAUCGCUGCCAAAGGUACUUCAACAAAGUACUGAGUAAAUGGUCUGAAUUCUUAUGUAAAUUUGAUAUUUCAGUUAUUUAUAUUUAAUACAUCUGCAAACAUUUCUGAAAACAUGUUUUUGCUUUGCCAUUAAACAAUUUAAUCAAUUUUAAAAUGAGGCUGUAAUGUAACUAAAUGUGGGAAAAGUCAAGGGGUCUGAAUACUUUAUGAAUGCAAUGGGAGACUGUUUAGUGACACAAAUAAGGGCUUAAGAGUAAGCCUAUACAAAUCUCUCCUCUCAUCUGCACUGUGGCCAUGCUUCAUUGUUGUUAGUCAUACAUUAUUGUUAGUUUAAUUUCAUCAUUCCGGGAAAAAUAUCAGCAUUAGUGUUACCACAUCAAGGACAGUCAGUAAAUAGGGUAAGAAAAAGAUUGGCAAGAUUCUGUACCACAGAAAUUCAUAUAAUAUGGUAAUUGGAAAAAUGAUUCUAUAAGCUCCAUAAGGAAAACAACUGUAGAAGACGUUUAUAAAUAAUAUUGGAUAGAAAAGGACAACCCUGUCUGUUUAAUUUAUGAUUCUCAACACUCUGCUUCAACAAUGAUCCCAGAUGUUGCAGCAAAAUUAAAUGUUUUCAUUUUUCAUUGUUUAAGAUAAAGUAUUGUGGGAUUGUUUGUGUUUGUGAAUAUGAUGAUUUACUGUUUGUGCCUCCCCUUCAUCUUUUUUCCAACACUUGCAAAAUAGAGUAUGUAAGUGCUGAUCGAACUAAAUGGCAAGUUAAUGUAUGUUAUUACAAAUUAAUUGAUCAUGUCUGCUUUAUGUACUGACCUAUUAAAAAUGAAGAAAAAUAAAAAAUAAAAAUGACAGUGCCUGGAUAUUUAUGAAUUAUCUAUAGAAAACAUGAAAAUGUGUU